UAUUGGAGAUGCGUACCCUUUGGGAGACAUUAUUGCGUCUCCUUGUCUGCCUCAAAAAACAAGAAAUUAAUUUUCAUUUUUGUUGAUUGUAAGGUCAUUAAUUCAAAUUAUUUAUUUAGUUAUCCACAUUUCAUUUCUAUUUGGAUUAUGGGUUUGGUCACCCUCCUUUGUUUUGGGCAGAUAUUCAAGGGUGUGAUGGUUUACCCAGCCACUUUCCCAAGUAAAUCAAGGCUAAGAAUGUAUCACGUUUUUCAAGGAGUAUAACUAAAUUGUAGGAUUUCAUGAUUGGAGAACAACAUAUGACAUAUGGCACCAAAUAUGUUGUUAUUCAUGAGUUGACAGUGUGCCAGACAUAAACAAUGCUCAAUUAUAAGCUACCAGGUUACCACUGCAGAAUAGCAUGCAGUGACAACUUACAAUUUCAGGAAUAAAAUAUCUAACAAUCUGACAAUUCUAGCUGAAUACUACUUUGGAGGAUUAUUUCCAUUACUGGCUUCAGUUGUCAUGAGCUAUGAAUAAAACAUGUACUGAUGACACUCAAUUUUUAUGAGAUAAUUAUUAUUGAUAAAAUGAGAAGACUGAAUGAGAGGACUGGAUGUUUUAAACUUUAAUUCUGGUAGAUUACAAAUGAUGCAUAAAUCUAAAGGGAGCAUAACAAAUUUAACACAGUGUCUAUGGGGAAUGUGACAUCUGGAAGCUGAAUCUGAGAUAAGUACCAGAUAUGGCAUCUGUAGAAUCCUGGGGGGCAGACAAUACGACCCUUCAACACCUGAAAAAUGAUUCCAACUCAGGUCCAUCUGUUGAUGAAAUAGAAGGGGACCCCCAGACAGAAUUAGUAUGGGCAUUUCUAUGUUCAGCGUUUACCAUAUUUGGACUUCUACUUGCCACUCUUGUCUACUGCAGAAAAAGGUAUCUUUCUCCAAACAAUAUUAGGAAGAGAAAAUUAAAGAGCAUACAAGAUAAGAAAGCAAAGGAAGUGAAGCUGGUGGAGUCAGUAACUGGACAUCCUGUGCCCAUUGGGGAAUUUGUCAGCCAGUAUGCGUACAAGGCCAAGAAAAAUCUAGUAGACAUAGAAUUCCAGGCUCUGGAGCUCAACCAAGAGACUGAUCACAGCACCGGGUUUGCCAAUCUGGAGGAGAAUCAGAAAAAGAAUUCAUAUCCCGAUGUCUUGCCAUUUGACCAUAACAGAGUGAUCCUCCAGGAGGACACAGGGGAUGAUUACCCCACAGACUACAUAAAUGCUUCAUAUAUUGAUGGAUAUAGCAAACCAAAGGCCUAUAUUGCAGCAAUGGGACCAAAUAAAGACACAAUGGGAGACUUUUGGCAGAUGGUCUGGCAGGAAAAUGUGCACUGCAUUGUUAUGGCAUCAAAUCUGUUUGAACAUGCUAGGCAACAAUGUGAGCGCUACUGGCAUGGAACCCAUGGUCGCUAUGGUGACAUCGAGGUGUGGCUCAUGGAAACAGUUGUCACAUCUGAAUUUACUAUAAGGAUGUUCAAAGUAAUGAGGGAAGGCUAUAAGGAUGAGCGCUUUGUACAGCACUAUCAGAUCAGUAGUUGGAGUGAACAUGACUGCCCAGAUGAGAGUGCAGUCUUGGAAUAUAGAAGGGUCAUCAAGAGCUACAUGGCCAAUGUUCCCGGACCUGUCCUUGUGCACUGCAGCUCGGGUGGUGGCAGGACAGGGGCAUUUAUAGCACUAGACAUUAUUCUCGAGAGGAUUACGAGAGAAAAGAAUGUCAGCAUUUUUGACACGGUGUUGUAUCUACGAAACAGAAGACAGAAUAUGGUCAACAAUGUGGAGCAAUAUGAUUUUAUAUACAAGUGUGUUUGUAUGUAUGUGCAAUGUGGAGUGACAGUCAUACCUGCCUCUCAACUGCCCAUGGUGGUGCAGAGCAUGUCUCUUAAGGACAGGCAAACGAAGCUGAAUGGCUUUGAACGGGAAUACCAGACAUUGAAGGAUGUAGUACCUAAGUUAUCAGUUGGAGAAUGUGCAGGGGGACAUAGGCAUGAGAACAGGAAGAAAAGUAGAGAAAUUAUGCUUCAACCACCUGAAAGGGCAAGGCCUUAUCUGAUGACACAUGAUAGUGCCACAAGCACAGAUUACAUCAAUGCAGUUUAUGUAGAUGGAUUCAAGUACAAAAAUGCAUACAUUGCUACCCAAUGGCCAUUGAAGAACACUCAGGCUGACCUAUGGCGUCUCAUAUACGACUACAACGUUCAUGCAGUGGUUGUUCUGAAUGAGCCCACAUCACCUGAUAUCAUUAAUAAAUUCAAAUUCUGGGAAGAUUAUGAAAAGUUCUGGCCAACAAAGGAUGAUAAAGAUGCACUUUAUGGGCCAUUAACUGUUUUCAUGGAGCAUGAGACAGACUAUUCAAAUAUCACCACCAGGGACUUUCGUAUUCGCAAGCCCAAGAAGUAUGUGAAUGUAAUGAGUGAUCUCUCAGAAGCUGGCGAGGCUGACCCCGCCACAAAACUCAUGUUAGCAGAUAUGGCAUUGAUUCGUAUGGACAACAAACCCAAAUCAAGAUCUGCAGAGGGAGAGAAACACUGCCGUAUGUUCCAUCUGCAUUGCUGGCCAAAUGGGCAUAAAAUUCCAACUUCGAAUCUUGCCAUGAUAGAAUUGUUUAACAUGGUCAACCAGUGGCAGAUGGACACCAAUGAAAGUGGGCCUAUAUUGGUUGUAUCUAAAAAUGGAGUCAAUAGGUGUGGUGUUUUCUGUGCCCUGAAUAUUGCAUGUGACAAACUCAACACUGAGGGAGAGAUUGACAUUUUCAAAGCAGUCAAGUGUGUAAAGAUGAAUCGACCUCAAUUGGUCGAUAGUAUGAUGGAGUAUAUCUACUGCUACACCUUCAUGGUGGUAUUACUGGAGCUAUUACAGAACAGUUAUCUCCAAGGUAUUAUACCUAGGAUUCUCGUUACAGAAGAGGAGAGACAUGCCUUGGCCAACUCACCCUAUAUCUAUGAUAACCAAGCUUACACUGGACAAGGAGCUGAGCUUGAACCACAUUCUAGUACAUAUAUUUAAUGAGGUGGAGAUCUUGUACAUUGUAGUAUAUGGUAAAGCCUACAUAGGAUAGGAACAUGCCUUUACAUGGAUGCAUGCCUUAAAGCCUGUCUCUUACAUGAGAGCAUGCCUACAGUAUGAGGCUCAAACACUGAUCUGAUAAAGAAACAAAUAAGACAGAGUGAACAUUCCAAAUUAUUGGAUGGAGAAUCUAAAAAUCUACCAUUCACAUUCACAAAAUGUACUUGUUGGUUGAAUUGAUCAAAAUUGGGAACAGAAAAAUUGGGCACUGGAAAUUUGCUGGUAUGUCUAGAAUAUCAAACUAUUUACAUGUAUUUGAUACAGAAUCAAGAACAUUACAUUUUAUGUCAAAAAUUGAAAUUGAAAGCUUACUAAUAAUACAAUAUA